CUUUCACCACCAGUCACCACCACAACCUCCUCCUCCUCCUGUCCGCCGGGCGGUGUCUUUGGCUGUGAUGCUGUGAGGACAGAGGCGGGUGAUGUCGGGAAUGCUGCGGGCCGUACAUCGCUGGGAGCGGGCGGGCACGGCCGGGCGGGCCGGCGUUGUGGCCGGAGCCGCCGGCCUCCUCCUCCUCUACCCGACCGUCCGCGCCGUGCUCAGGGGCCGCAGAGGCGGCGACAAGGACAGGCACAAGCAUGGAGAGAGACGCCGCAAGGAAGGAGACGUGGGCACGGAUGACGAUGAAGGCCGGGCGGUGAGCUCUGGGUCAGCCCUGUCGGCGGGGUCAAAGGGCGACGGCUCGGAAGACGAGAGCGAGGCGGUCAUGGGCCAGCGCUCGCCCGCCGUCAACCGCGAGUUCUUCCUGCAGCUGAGGCACCUGCUGCGCGUGCUCUUUCCGCGGCUGCUGAGUCGCGAGUUGGGUCUGCUCAGCCUGCACUCCAUCGCGCUGAUCUCCAGGACGUUUCUGUCCAUCUACGUGGCGAUGCUGGACGGGAAGAUCGUCCGAACGAUCGUGCGGACAGACGCGCGAUCCUUUGUGCUCGCGCUCAGCCAGUGGCUCCUCAUCGCCAUCCCGGCCACGUUCGUCAACAGCGCCAUCCGCUACCUGGAGUGCCACCUGGCGUUGGCCUUCCGCACCCGCCUGGUGCAGCAUGCCUAUAGCCUGUACUUCAAGCAGCAGACUUACUACCGCGUGAGCAACAUGGACGGGCGUCUUGCCAACCCGGACCAGUCCCUGACGGAGGACAUCAUGAUGUUUGCCCAGUCGGUGGCUCACCUCUACUCCAACCUCACAAAGCCCUUCCUGGACGUGCUGCUCACGUCCUACACGCUCAUCCGCUCCGCGCAGUCCAAGGGAGCCAGCUCGCGCCUGCCAGGCUUGCUGGCCGGCAUGGUGGUGUACGUGACGGCGCGCAUUCUCCGGGCGUGCUCGCCGCGCUUCGGCAAGCUGGUGGCCGAGGAGGCCAACAGGAAGGGUUAUCUACGACACAUGCACUCGCGCCUCAUCGCCAACGCCGAGGAGAUCGCCUUCUACGACGGACACAAGGUGGAGCUGUCCCUGCUAGAGACCAGCUACAAGUCGUUGGUGCAGCAGAUGGCACUCAUCUACCAGAAGCGGCUGUGGUACGUGAUGCUGGAGCAGUUCCUCAUGAAGUACGUGUGGAGCGCCAGCGGGCUGGUGAUGGUGGCCGUGCCUAUCAUCACCGCACAGGGUUACGCAGACUCCGACUCUGAUGAGGUGAAGCAGAAGGCACAGGCCCUGAGCAACGGCGAGCUGGUGAGCGAGCGCACGGAGGCCUUCACCACCGCACGCAACCUGCUCAGCUCGGCCGCCGACGCCAUCGAGAGGAUCAUGUCGUCCUACAAGGAGGUGACGGAGCUGGCCGGGUACACGGCGCGUGUGUACGCCCUGUUCGCCGUGUUCGAGGACGUGCAGAGGGGCGUAUACCGGCGCGGCGGCACCCAGGGUCAGGCGGCGCUGCAGGAGGGGGCGGCCCCCUAUACCAUGCAGCACGGCGUGCGCAUCGAAGGACCCCUGGAGAUCCGGGGCCGGGUGGUGGACGUGGACCAUGGCAUCGUGUGCGAGGAUGUCCCCAUCGUCACCCCCAGUGGGGACGUGGUCGUGGCAAGCCUCAACCUGCGCGUGGAGCAGGGCAUGCACCUGCUCAUCACCGGUCCCAACGGCUGCGGCAAGAGCUCCCUUUUCCGCAUCCUCAGCGGACUCUGGCCCGUCUACCACGGAAGCCUCUACAAGCCGGCACCGCACUACCUCUUCUACAUCCCACAGCGGCCGUACAUGUCGAUCGGCACGCUGCGCGACCAGGUGAUCUACCCGGACCAGCCGGCUGACAUGCAGCGCAAGGGCUACACGGACACCACGCUCGAGGCCAUCAUGGACAUCGUGAACCUCAACCACGUCAUACGCCGCGAGGGCGGCUGGGAUGCGAAGAGCGACUGGAAGGACGUGCUGUCCGGAGGCGAGAAGCAGCGCAUGGGCAUGGCUCGAAUGUUCUACCAUCGGCCCAAGUACGCACUGCUGGAUGAGUGCACGAGCGCCGUGAGCAUCGAUGUCGAGGGAAAGAUUUUCCAGGCGGCCAAGGACGGUGGCAUCUCUCUGCUCUCCAUCACCCACAGGCCGUCUCUCUGGAAGUACCACACACACCUGCUGCAGUUCGACGGCGAGGGCGGCUGGAUGUUCGAGCAGCUGGACUCGGCAGCGCGCGUCUCUCUCAGCGACGAGAAGCAGCGUCUCGAGGCGCAGCUGGCCGGCGUGCCGUCCAUGCAGCGCCGCCUCACCGAGCUCUGCACCAUCCUGGGCGACGACUCGGUACUCAAGAUCUCACCCGUCGCCGAGGAGGAAGUCCCCACUGAUACCGUUGUCAUGGAUACAGUCGUCAUGGAUACAGUCUCCAUGUGAGGCUGCAGCAGUGGCGGUGAAGGUGGCGAUGCAGUUUGUCAACCGGCAAGUCUAGCUGGGGCGAGGUCAGCGUAGGGGUUAGAGGGCGCGUAGGGUCACUGAGCCAUUGGGAACGGAGUGUGGGGGUCGUCACCCUUCAAUAACCCUUUGUACACGAGAGCGUAUGAAUCGGGUUUUAACGCACUUGUUUUGCACGGAACGUUUAAAACACUAAGAGCGUGAUAAUUUUCCCCACGAAGAUGUCCCGAUUCAGGGUCGCGAUUUGUUUUGAAAAUCCAUCAUCGAAUUAAAACUUCGCAUUGAAUGAUCGCAUCUCCAGUGGCUGCAGAGGUGACGUGAACCCGUUACAUAGAACGUACACAAAUUGAAAAAUAUUCAUUCCUAUGCACGCGAUUCGUGUAUCGUGAACUUAUUUAUAUUAAACGAUUAAAGGAACAUUAACACUCAUCACCACCGCAUGUGGGUCAUACCCGAGUAUCGAUGCACUAAUUCUUCGGUUAAAAUCGAUCCUUAAGGCUUAUGAUACAUUAAUCGAAUAUUGCACAUGUGAAUCGAAUUAAGGAAUUUGCAGUUUAGGCUAAUGGCACAAAUAAAACCUGUAGAAAUAAGGCAGAAAACAUGAGAAACAAUGCAGACCAGACAAAACAAAUCUCUGAAUCGAAUCGUGACUCCAAAUCGUGGCAAUUCAUCAAAUAGCUGUGGGUGUGAAUUGUUACAUGCCUAGCCGGUUAUAAAUUAGCUUUGUGAACAUAAUCAUUUUAAUCUCGUUUUCUUGAGCCACAAUUAGAUUAAGUCAAAUCUGUUGAACCAAAUCUGUUUUGCGUUCGGCUAGAAAGGGCUCAACGACGACCACCGUUCGUCACGAGGUUGUCGGAGGAAGUAGUGACGCAACAGCUCCUGUCGCAAAACACCUAAUCGUUAGCACUGUGUUCAUUUAUUAAUACGACGUUAUUAAUAGUUAUUCUUUGAAGCCACUGUUUGGCAUCCAGACAUUUCAAGUCUCUUGUUGGUGUUGAAUCUUAACUGUAAAACAUGUGUUUCGUUAUUUAAGAUGUAGGGGGGAAAAAACCUACUCGAUUUACGAAUUUUAAAUGUGUCGGUUUGUUUGCGUCAGCUGUGAAACUUGUCAGUAACUAAUCUCACGAUUAGCGAGUGAAAAAGGCAUUGAGAUUAGCCAGAGGCCUGACGCUUUUACGGCAACAUAAGAGCACUCUCGUAUUUAACGUCAUAGGUCGAAGUGAUUCCUGCUGAAGGCACUAACAUGUUCGGUGUAGAGAAGUUGUUUACCAACGGCCGUGCCCCAUACAGGCUGAUGGGGGGGCCGCCUUCCUUAGCCACGGUGGAGGAAUGGCCAAGUCGGCCACCUUCCAUCGCGUUGGUUUUAACUUUUUACAAAUAAUCAAGCAGUGCAGUGCAGUGUGUGUGUGUCUGCCUAUUUUUACAAAUAAACCUGUGUCUUCGCUCA